AUGGCGACCUCCAAGUACGGCGCGGAAAUAGAACGUCAGCGGUCUCAGCUGCUGCAGCAGCUUGUAGAGCACCUCUUCAAGGAUUGCCCCGAGGGCACCAAAACCGCUGGCGCCCUUCGUGCUAGCAAGCGCAAGUUGCAGAACCACCGCUUCCUUGACACGGACCCAACGGACGUUGAAGGGCUCUACAAGAGUCUUGAGGAAAGACUUAUAUUGGAGGCACAAGAAGACAAGCAGCAGGCCCUGUCGAUCUUGACAGACCAGCUGUUAAGUCUCCCAUGGGUGUGCACAGAACCAGAAAUUCACUGCGGGGUCCUGCGGCUGUUGUUCUACCUGUGCCGCAGACCCACCAGGACUCCCCUUCCUGAUGGCAUGCUAGCCCGUUUGCAAAGUGAGCAGUUGUGCUUUUAUCAAUUAGCGGAGCCUGGGUGCAUGCCUGAGGAACUGGAGGAGCCAGACCAGUCAGGAAUCCUGACGUAUGUUGAUGAUGUGGACAACUGCCUUGAUAUCUGUAGCAGUCCAUCAGUACUCUCAGAUUGGAGUGAAGAGGACCUACAGAUGCCAGCAGGAAGGGAUGGACUGGGUGCCUCGGUUGCUGGGGAGUCAGAUAUUGAAGGAAUGUCACCAACCACCAGGGAGGGGAGCAUGGCAGAAGGCCAGCACACAAUGGAGUGGGGAGUGUUUGCUGGCAUUGGGCAGCAGGCACCUUCAGCGUUCCAGCACUUGGACCUCAUACCCCCUGUGCUGCAGCUGGACAUGGCCAAGCCUUCAUUGCAAGAUGGGGCUCCUGUACAGCUGCCAACGACGAAAUUUAUCCUUCAACAAUGUGUACGCGCACUGCAAGGAGUUUCUGGGCCUGUGUUUUGUUGGAGGGCAGACCAUCAGCACUUGGCUGUUGAUGCAACAUGCAUUCACAGCACAGAUGUGUCCAUAUCAUGUUUGCAGGGCUUCCUCCAAAGUUUUGCUCAAACAGGAACAAAAGUUCGUCUAAUGUUGGAGCACUCGACAAAAACAUGCAGUCACCAGGGGUCUGCAGUUACGAGUGGCGGGUCUUCAAGAUGCAACGCAUCCAAUGCACCAACCUUUGCUGCUUUUGCUGAUGCUUUGGAGAAGCAGGUAAUUGCUGCUGUCAAGCCAGUCGUCAAACUUGAGCAGCAGCUUGACGUGUUGCAGCACGAUUUGCCGUCCUCCCUUGUCCUCUUGAAGACUAUCUUGAAAGGGGUAGAUCACAAAGUUUCGCUGUUGCAUCAGUGUGCAGCAGCUGUGUUUGGAUAUGUAACCAGCCCAAGCCCGGAGCCAGUGGAUGUGGGCUGCCAUGUUUUGGACACUUUGUAUGACAUGCUUGAGGACUACGACACGGCGGGUGGGCCAGCAGGCACAUCCGACCAGCAGCUGCUCUGGCACUUGAUGGCAGGGACACUCCAGCCGCUGCUAGAAAACCUGACAGAUUGGCUGUGGAGGGGGGAAACUACUGACAUGUCACAAGAAUUCUUCAUAUGCACAGAUAAGAAAGGUUCUGUGAAUAAUGCGGAUUUUUGGCUGAAUGGCUUCCCAUUGAGGGAAGGAUCAUCAGGUCCGGGUGUUCCCACUUUCUUGUUUCCCAUAGCUGAGGACAUACAGGCAGCAGGGAAGGCACUCCAUGUCCUGCAAAGCAACGAAUCUUUUGAGGUCGCCAGUGGCGAAGUGUACUGGAAUGCAUUGAGGGGAGGCAACAUACGCAAGGGUAGCGCAAAAGGACUGCCUGACAGAUUGGGCGCCAGCCAGGCAUCGGAGCAUUUGCUGUAUCAGAGUUUUCUAAAGAAGCUGGGCAACCUAAUGGCGGCUGCUGAUGACGUGCCUGACUGCCCCAGCCCCGUUUAUGGCUGCAUGGCGGUUGCUGGCUUUUAUGCAGGCCACAAUAUUCUGCCUGAGUGGCACGGAUUGAUCUUGCCUUGGCUGCUGCAAUCUGAAGCAGGUGGGUGCGAUGAACACCACCUUGAAGAGCACAAGGUGGAAGCAGCUUCAGUGGACAUGCCCGAUGCUGCAGGUGACAGCAGGGGGGCGACGUGGCAAGACAACUUCCCUGCUGAUGACUCUCCUGAGGGCAUGGAUAUGGAGCCCCAGUCAGGGCCUGAUGGUGAAUGUGAGACGCAUGCCAACCUCACCCCUGAGGACCAGUCAGUGGAAGGAGGUGAUAGUGAAGGCCUCCCAAAGGAAUACACAACUGUGUUGGAGGGAAUGCAAGAAGUGGAAGCUGAGUUUGAACGUGUGGAUGAUGCCCGUUACCAUUCCAGGCAUGCUGCGCUUGUCCAUGUGCUGCCUCGACCGACCUGCUUGGCACCAUUCUUGGGCGAUGCUGUCCAUGGGGAACACCACCUGGGUUUAAAGGAAUACCAUGAGAUGGGAAGGAAGAAAGACAUGUUGCCAUCAGCGAUGUUGCCAGCCCAACUCGUCAUGCAGGAAACGAUUUUACACCAAAUCAAGCAAAGGUGCGAGGAUAUCACUGGGGAGCUUCUGUACUGCCUCCUUGAAGAGCUGGGCAUGAAGAGGGAGUUCAUGAUCCUCAGCAACAUGUACCUGCUGAUGUCUCCGGCCAUUAUCAGCUGGUCUUCCAAACUGUGCAGCCAGCUGAUUGAAGGCACCAAUGUGUCAGAACUGAGGCAGGUUGAAGUCGAAAUGGAGCUGCACGAAUGUUUGUCCAGUGCCGUAGGUGGAGUCCUUCCCAGCAUAACGGCUGUGGAUGUCAACUUGGAGGUUGUGAGAUCGCAUUCUGACAGCAGACGCAGUGGUGCCAGAUCGGUGACAGAGCUGCAGAUGGUCAGCAUCAACUACCGUGUUGCAUGGCCACUGUGCAUGUUUGUGGACGAGUUGCGUAUAUCCAGAUACAACAUGGCAUUUGUAUUCCUCCUGCAGCUGCAGUGGGUGUGUGCAUCUUUGGAGGCUGCAUGGCAGGAGACACGGCUGCUGCAUCGUAGGUGCAUGAUGGCAGGUGUGGAACUCACUGUGGGGUCAGGGGCCAGUGUACAACAAAUUGACAGCCUGCUGCUGGAAAUGUCCCAUUUCUCAAGGAGCCUGCAAGAGUACGUUCUGAACCAAUGCAAUGUGGCAUGCGCCGACAUGGAGAAGGAAUUAGAGGAAGCAGGCACGGUAGAGAGUGUACAACAAGCUCACGACAACAUGCUUGAAAGAGUCCUGCGUGUUUGUCUGUUGGAGAGGUACAAGGUCUGGCGAGUUGUGAGGAAGAGUGUGCUGGGCCUGAUGGAUCAAGUGCUGAAUGCCUGUGUCCUGAUUCGCAGUGUCUCCAGUUGGUGUGAUGGGCGGGCCAAGCAGGAUCAUUGGCAGAAGCUGGAACGGGUGGCACAUGACUUUCGGGAGUCGCACUCCUUCCUGCUUCGUCUCCUCACUUCCUACAGCAUGGCCCUUGGUGGGAGUGUCGAGCUGGAGCAUCUCAUUAUGAGGCUGAAUUUCAAUGAAUAUUACUCUGCCUCAUUGACUCCUCUUCAAGAGUUUGAGAAAAUGUUGCAAGACUUCACAGGGCAGGCGCAGUGA